AAGUAAAUUACAAUAAAUACAGUAAAAAACUGCUUUUUUUCUUUUUAAGGCUCAAAAAUUUGUCCCAAAAAUAUAAAAAUGCAGAUGCAUUUAUGUAAAAUUCCAAGCUUUAGUGAAGAAGUAUAGCAAAGUUAAUGUGCAAGCAAUCCUUAAACAUAUCGCAGUUUGAAUGAUUACAGCAACAACAUAGAAAGGGAUUUGUCAAGUAGCUCCUAAUAAUGUUCUUUAACUAAUAAGAAGGAGAACUUAAGGUCAAGGACUAAGAGGUAAAAUGAAACCUAAAGCAGCAAGUCUAGAGAAAAUAAAGAAAAUUAUAAUCCAAAUUUAAAUUGCCUUAAAUUGAACAACUAAAACAUAAAGGUUAUAAGUGGAAUUAAUCACUACCAAAAUUUGCAAGAGCUUGAUUUAUCUCAUAAUUAAAUCCUCAAAAUAUAAAAUAUAGACAGGCUCUACAUGCUUACUACUCUCAACAUCUCCCACAAUAAAAUAUAAAUCUUAGAGAACCUUCAUUAACUGCCAAAUUUACAAAACCUUAAUGCUUCGUUUAAUUAAAUCAAAGUGUUUCCUAAACUUUUGAUUAAGAACAACAAUCUCCGCAUUCUUAAUUUAUCUCAAAAUUAAAUUGAAAAUGAAGAUUGUUUUAAUUUCUUAAAUAAAUUUAUUAAUCUAAAGAGCCUAGACUUAUCUGAUAACCCAUUAGCUAGAUUAUAGAAUUACCAACAAAGUAUUUUGAGUGCAAUACCCACUCUUACUCAUUUGGAUGGAUAAAUUUUACCCUAAAAGUAGCUAUACAUAUAUUCAAUUUUUGAAGAUAAGGAUCACAUGAAGAGGACAAGGCAGUCUCCAUAACUUCAUUUAAUCAGUGAUUAAGAAUUUAAAAAUAUGCUCACUAGCCAUGAUAAAAAUAAAAAAUCUCUUGGAUGCAAUUUAGCAUAGAUGGUCUCUGACAUAGCAAAUUCAAACAGUGGUUAAAAUUUGAAAUAAAGCCUCUCUAGUUAAGCCUUUUCAAGUCGUACAGAUAUAAGUAGUUAACUAGUUAGAGGUUCUACAUAAAGCACUUCAACAUGUUCAAAAGAUUUCUUAACAGCCAAACGUGUUCCGUUCAAAGAGCUAAAACAAAGUGAUCAAAAAAGUGACUCUUUUUCUUACCAAAAUUAAAAUAACAGCAAUAACAAUUACUAUUUUAGCUACAAAAAACUAGAAAGUAGUAGUUUGUAAUUUAAUAAUUUUAUAAGUCCAAUUACUUCAGAAAAUAAAUACUAAGAUACGAAUUCGAAUUUUCAGUUUACAGAUAUUAUCUAAAUAAGCUAAUAGCAUAGUCCAAGAGAUUAAAUCAAUAUUAAUUAAAAAAGAGAAGACUUAGCUAAUGCAAAACUUUAGAAAUCAGAAGAAAUGAAGAUUUAGUGUAUUGAAUUUUUGGAAAAGUGGGAUGCUAAUUUAUCUAAUUUUAACGAAAAUUAUAAUUUGUUUCUACUUCAAAACUAACUCUUUAAAGACUGGACUUAAAACUCAAUUGAAACUGAAGGGAAUAAAUUUGAAGAUAUAAUUUCAAAUAAAAUUCUUCAAGAAUUGAUCGAAAAAAUAAAAAUACUUACAACUUUGACUGCACAAAUAGCAGCUUUAAUGAAAAAAGAAAAAUCAGAAAAAAUUGAAAUUAUUAAAAGACUAGAAAAAUUCUUAAAAUAACCCUUCCAUCCUUAAGAAAUUACAAAGAAAGCUAUUGAAUUAUUAGAAAUGACCAAAUUAAGUUAGGAUCAAGAAGAAAUACUCCAUUUACAAAGAAACUGCGAGCAAGUUAUGUUAGUUAUUCAUAAUAUGAGAUAAAGAAUCUUAAAGGAAAUAAAGGAAACUAAAUAAGCUAAACUUAUUAAUUAAAUUUAUAAGAACAUUAUUGAUUAAAACAAUUUGUAUGUUAGCUUAAAUAAGAUUUAAUAAAGGGGAAAGAUGCUGUCUUAAUAAAUAUUUUAAAAGUUUCUACUUUUCUUUAAGUACCAUAUUAAAGAUAGCAAUGAAGGAAUUGCUAGCAUAUAGGGAAUAAUUGAUUUGAAUGAAAGUUUAAGAGAUUUACUUUUUAGUAACGAUGAUAACUAAAUAAAUAAUUAACUUACAUCAAAUUGUGAUAGUGGCACUAAAAUUCUUAUUAAAAGUAACUAGAAAAAAAACAAUAAUUCGACUCCAAUUCUAUAGGAACUAGAUGCUUACAUACAUAAUAUUACUGAUGAUGAUAUUAUUACUACUAAAUAAAAGCUUUCUAAUACUUAAGGAAGUAUUUCUAUUUGCCAAGGUUCCUAGCUCUAAGAUGUAAUUAUAAACUCUUUCCAUCAUUCUUGCAGCAAGAUUGAUGAAAAAGAGUUUCAUUAAAUUAAUUCAAAAGAAAAGAAUCUAUGCAUGAGAUGCCAAGAAGCAAACUAAGUUAUGUUACAAUAAUAAAGUAAAAUCGAAGAAUUAUUGAAAGAAAUUCACUCACUAAAUACAAAACUCUAAGAAAAAUAAUAGUAAAUUUCUGAUAUAAAUUUAGAUCAUGAAAAAUAAAUGCAACAACUAGAAGAUAAAUACAAAUAAAUUUAACUGUAAGAUGAAGAUAAGUAUCUAAAAUUAAAGAACUCUUUGAUUCAAGAGGAAGAAUUGUUUCAUCAUUUAAAUGAUUAAAUGUCUUAAUAAGACACAAUCAUAGAAUAAAACAAAGAAAUUACUCAAAGACUCUCUGAAUAUAAUAACUAUAUGGUUAAAUUUAUGGCUUCAAAGAAUGAAGAUUCUUCUGAAUUUUUUAAAAUCGUACUUACUUAGUAAGCUUAAUCUAUUGAAAAAAUGAUGGUUUCUAACUAAUAAAAUAGCUAGUUAUAUUUAAAUUUAUUAAAAGUUGUUGAAGACCACACUUUACCUUAAAUGAAGCUCAUUCCUAGGUAGGAUGUCUCUUGUUAAACAAAUAACAUUAAAUUAAACUAAUCAGAUUAGAUAAAUACGACUUUUGCUACAUCACCAUCAAAGGGAAGAGAUAUUUUUAAAUCUCUUGAAAAUAACAGCUACUCAAAAAACAAUCAAGUGAAGUAGAUGUUAAACAUUUCUCCCCCAAGCUAAUUCAAUAGCAGUGCACUUAAUAGCAGAAAAAGCACACCUACUCUUGAUUUUUAAAAAUAAAUUCUAAAAAGAAAAAAAAGUAAACCUUUUGAUUUAAAUAGUAAUGAAAAGAACUUCUAGUCUCACCUCGAUUUAGAAAAAAUUUAUAUAUCUCCCUAAAGAAAUUAAUUAUAAGAUGAAGAAGAAAUUUAAAAGAAUUUAUACACUUUUAGUUAACGUCAUCAUAGCUCAAUUGAGAAAGUAGAUGCUUCUAAUUAGAGUUCUAACAAAAUUACCUGCAAAGAUUUUUAAAGCUAAGUAUACUACAACAAUAAAAAAAUCUCUUUAAAAAAAACCCCUAAUUCAAACGAUAGAGAAAUAUCUUUUUUCAGAAGCAACAAUAAUUCGAAAAUAAUUUCAACAAGUGUAUUUAAUAAGAGUCCUUGGAAAAUGUGUUAGGAUAGCAAGAAAAAAGAAAUAUCUUCUUGUGUUGAAGAAUCAUAAAUAACUGAAAUUGAACGAGAUGAUGAAGAUAAGCAAGGAAAUUAAGUUUCUUCAUAGAAUAAUUAUAAUAACUUUUUUGAGACAAAAGACUAAGAGAAUGACUAAGAUUUCUAAAUCUAAUAAGAAAAUAGAUAAAAAUAGAACAGACAGCAAUUUAAUUUCAGAGAAGUUUAAUAGUUUGACCCAUUCAUAAACAUAAGAUAAAACAAAAUUUAAGAUUUUUAAUCAGAUAUUUUAAACAGUCACAAUUUUAGUAAUUCAAUCAUCAAUUCUAGCCAAAAUUAAGCUCCAAAUACAAACCUUAGUGUAUCUUAAAGAAAAAUUGAAACUCAAAAAAGUUAAUUUGUAUUUAGCAGUAAUCUCUAACAAAAGAUAUUCUCUGCAAUUUAAAAGAAGCAACAACUCAACCAGCAAAAAACAAAAACAGCAGUUACGACCCCUAGAAAUUAAGCAUAAGCUUCGAAUAGCAAUUAAGCUGCUGUAACUGAUUAUAUGCUGAACUAUAAAAAAUAAAUAUAAAAAUCUAUGUUAAACUCUAAGAAAAAUUCAAAUUUAUCAAGCAGAACAUCAUCAAGUAAUGGUAUAAAUUACACAAAAUAAUAAAAUGAUAGUAAAACUCCAAAAAAGAGAUUUAAUAUUGACUUAAAUAUUACUCCAAAUACUAAUUUAAGUAAUAUAUAGAGUAAGUCAACAACUCAUUAAAAUAGUAAUAAUUAGGCAAAUUACUUUGGAUAUUAUUGUGCAAGUACUAAAAAUUCCUAGUAAGCAUAACCUAAUAACUAAAAGAAUUUAUAAUAAUAAUAUAUUUAUAUGGUCUGA